CCGGCCGGGACGGGAGGGUCCCAACGCGCUUGUCCAGGGCCGACAAGGGCGCGCCGCGAUGACGAACGGAUUGUUUUCAAAGGACGUGGGUUUUCUUCUUCCCUCCGCGGAGCGGGGGCGCGUCCCGGAAGGCCUCCCCCCCCCCGCGCUGCGUCACGUGGGCGCGCCCUCCUCCUCGGCGGGGACUACAACUCCCAGAAGCCUCCGGGGCGCGGUAGGCCGCAGCCUGGCCCGGGCCUGAGGCGACGGCGACGCCGACAUGGCGACGGGGAUGGGCAAACACAAGCUCCUGACCACCGGCCCCACCGAACCAUGGUCCAUCCGCGAGAAGUUGUGCCUGGCCUCGUCGGUCAUGAGGAGCGGAGACCAGAACUGGGUGUCGGUCAGCCGAGCCAUCAAACCCUUCGCCGAGCCCGGCCGGCCCCCGGACUGGUUCUCCCAGAAACACUGCGCCUCCCAGUACUCGGAGUCCCUGGAGACCACCGAGACCCCAAGUGAGCGGAAGCGGGGCGAGAAGGGCGGGGUGGUGGAGACGGUGGAAGACGUCAUCGUGCGGAAACUGACGGCCGAGAGAGUGGAGGAGCUGAAGAAGAUGAUCAGGGAGACCCAGGAGAAGUACAGGCAACUGAAGAGAGACGCAGAACUGAUCCAGGCCGGUCACUUGGACGGGAGGUUGGACGAGCUGGUCAACGACAUCGCCGUGAAGAAGAAACUGGAGGAGGAGGAGGCCGAAGUGAGGAGGAAGGCUACCGACGCGGCCUACCAGGCCCGCCAGGCGGUCAAGACGCCCCCCCGGAGACUGCCGAGCGUCACGGUGCGGUCCCCCGCCGGCUCCGCCUCCCCGGGAGGCGAAUGCCCGCUGGGGGAGUUGGCCGCGUCGGCCGCGGAGGAGGGCGGCUCUGGGGUGACCCCCGGGACCCUGCCGAGCGCCCCGGCCGCCUCGGGUCCCGGGGGUCCCGACACCCCUCCCCCGGGCUCGGCCCCCUCGGACGCUCCGGCCACCCCGGGCGCGGACGACCCCUCUCAGAAGAAGACGGUGGGCCCCAAGGCCACCCCGCCACCCUCCCCGCUGCUCUCCGAGCUCCUGAAGAAGGGCAGCCUGCUGCCCACCAGCCCCAGACUGGUGGCCGAGAGCGAGGCGGCCGCGUCUUCCGGCCACUUGAGUAGCCCCGGCGUCCUCCUGGAGGUCGGCGGCGGAGUCGUCCCCGGCCUCCCCGGCGGGGAGAUGCCGCCCACGCCCGGCGCCAUCCCCGCCUCUCCCGCCGCCUCCGGUGCUCCCACGCUGUCCCGGCUCUUAGAGGCCGGCCCCUCGCAGUUCAGCGUGCCCCUCGCCUCUUUCGCCGCCUCCGCCGAGCCUCCCGCCAAGCACGUGCCGCUCCCCGGGGAUCCCGGGCCCCAGGCGGCCGUCGUCCUGCAGGCCCCGCCCUCCGCGCCGCCCGCCGCCGUGCCCGAGAGCGGCGCCCCGGCGAGCCGGCCCGAGACCCGGCCGCCCCUCGAGGCCGUCGGCGAGCGGCACACGGUGACCGUCUCCGUGGACAGCAGCGAGAUCUCCAUGAUCAUCAACUCCAUCAAGGAGGAGUGCUUCCGGGCCGGGGCCGCCGAGCCCCCCGGCGGGUCCCGGGCCCCCGGCGUGGGCGGCCGGGAGGACCUGGACCUGGCCCAGAAGAUGGACAUAGCCGUCUCCUACACCGGCGAGGAGCUGGACUUCGAGACCGUCGGGGACAUCAUCGCCAUCAUCGAGGACAAGGUGGACGACCAUCCGGAGGUGCUGGACGUGGCGGCCGUGGAGGCGGCCCUGUCCUUCUGCGAGGAGAACGACGACCCCCAGUCGCUGUCGGGCCCGUGGGAGCACUCCAUCCGGCCCGAGCCCCCCGCCCCCGCCCCGCCCACGGACGGCACCGUCACGGUCAAGCAGGAGAGGCUGGACCCGGAGGAGCCGGAGGGCGAGGCCGGGCGGGCCCCGGCGGACCCCGGGGAGCCCGGCCCCGAGAUCAAGGCGGAGCCGGCCGAGCCCGCGCGGGACCGCCUCGGCCCCGACGGGGCGGCCGGGCCGGAGCCGCCGGACCUCGGGCCCCGGGACCCGGGCGGGGAGGCCGGCCUCGGCGACGGCCCCCACGCGGACGUUCUCCGGGGGAAGGGCGACGACGCUCCGCGCCCGACCGUGAAGACCGAGGCCUCCCCCGAGGGCGACCCGUCCCCGCCGUCCGGCCCCCGCCCCGGCGAAGACCCGACGGGGCCCGAGCCCCGGCACGAGUUCCAGCUGGCGGAUCCGUUGAAAGAAGAGUCGGGGGCGGUGUUCGGAAGCCAGAUGAAGGAUGCCCCCGGCGAGGACGAGGACGAGGACGGGGCCAGCGAGGCGCCCAGCCUGGAGGAGCCCAAGGAGGAAGACCCGGGAGAGGGCUACCUGUCCGAGAUGGACAACGAGCCCCCCGUGAGCGAGAGCGAGGACGGCUUCAGCGUCCACAACGCGGCGCUCCAGUCGCACGCCCUGGCCGACUCCAUCCCCAGCAGCCCCGCCUCCUCCCAGUUCUCCGUCUGUAGCGAGGACCAGGAGGCCAUUCAGGCGCAGAAGAUUUGGAAGAAGGCCAUCAUGCUGGUGUGGAGGGCGGCGGCCAACCACAGGUACGCCAACGUCUUCCUGCAGCCCGUCACGGACGACAUAGCCCCCGGCUACCACAGCAUCGUGCAGAGACCGAUGGACCUGUCGACCAUCAAAAAGAACAUCGAGAACGGGCUGAUCCGGACCACCGCCGAGUUCCAGCGGGACAUCAUGCUCAUGUUCCAGAACGCCGUCAUGUACAACAGCUCCGACCACGACGUCUACCACAUGGCCGUGGAGAUGCAGCGGGACGUCCUGGAGCAGAUCCAGCAAUUCCUGGCCACGCAGCUGAUCAUGCAGACGUCCGAGUCCGGCAUCAGCGCCAAGAGCCUGAGGGGGAGGGAUUCCCACCCGCAACAGGACGCCUCCGAGAAGGACAGUGUCCCCAUGGGCUCUCCUGCCUUCCUUCUCUCUCUCUUUGACGGGGGUACCAGAGGGCGGCGCUGCGCCAUCGAGGCGGACAUGAAGAUGAAGAAGUGAGGCCUCCCCCCGCCCGCCUCCCUCCCGCC